CGAAUUAUUACUGCUGAUCGUAGUACAGACGCACGCGUGUGCGGCGGCGGUCAUAAUUAAGAUCCUCCACGCGGAGCACUCCAGAUACUUGCCUUUACCGCCACUCUUCCGGUUGUCACCUUCUCUCCGAUAUCCAUCGGCUCCUGUACAGUAUCUAGCCUGCCGUUCAUAACUACAGAAACCAACACUUGACUAUCGUCAGUUUAUCAUUGUCACUCCGCCGAACAUCCGAACUCAGUCAAACCUUCGCCAUCUCAUCUGGCACUUACUCGGCUCCAUCAGCCCAUUAAGUGUUUCUCGUAACAUUGUCCUCCGUACUCAGCAUGGAUAUCCCAAAAGGGGGUGAGUCUAGCAAUAGCGGUCUCUCGCAAUCAAGAUCGAAUCAGUCGGUGUUCGAAGAGUUCGAGAGUUAUCCAUUCAAUAAUGACCCAGAGUUUAGGGCUGGACUUCCUACAGUUAUUUCUGCAAUCAGAGGUAAAAAACUUCAUCCUUCAAGCAUAGACGAGAUGCUGUCUAGAGCACAAUGGUUCUAUUUCACCCGCAAAAAGAACAUCAGUCUCCCUUGGGAAUCAUAUGCUCGCCAUUCUCAGAUGUACCAAUGCGGCGCGAACACAAAUAGCUCAGGCAGUUCAAUAGCACAGCUCGACACUUUGGCAGAAGCUAGGCGCAUGCUGACGGCCAAAGGUGAAACCGGCCAACAAGGCAUGAGCUUUGAGAUGUUAGUUAGGUUGAUCAAGGAAGGAAAAGCGGAUCAUGUGGAGACCACGCCUGUGCCAGACGAACUAAACGAAGGAAUACCAUCACAGCCCAUAAUGACCAAAAGACCAAAACCAUGGGAGCGGCCCUCCGUACAGGCCGGGGAUCCUGGCGAUAUGAUGCCUCCUCCUCCAGUGGUUUCUGACACCGGCAUUUCUACAUCCUCGACAUCGAAAUCCAUCACACCUUCCAUCGUUACAAAUAGCUCCAGUACCACCAAUACAGAGGGACUAUACCAUAGUUAUGGCCAAAUGAGCGAGGAGGAUAUGGCUCUAAUUUUUGGGGAUAUGUAAAAGAGGGCAAGUGCGUAUGGGAAGAAGAUGGCGCAGGCAGCAAUCAUAGAUAGAUGAUGGAAGCUGCGGUACUCCCCAGAUCUUUAGCUCUGAGAGACAAAGCCUUUUAUAUUGUUUUAUAAAUCGACCUGCAUACAUUAGAUGGAUCUUCAUUAUUCGAUAAA